CUUUCCUUGACCGCACAGUCCUCCGUCGAUUUCAUGAGCUACCUCUCCUCCCUAACGACGCCGCUCAACAUAUCCCUCGGUCUUAAAAACGCCGGUGACAUCAUCACACAAGUCCUCCCCAUUGUUCACUUCUCAGUCAACGAGCAGUGCGUCGAGUACAAAGAAUGUUCCAAAUUCCGCAAAUUCACCGACGCGGGUAAACCCGUGUUUCACAUUGAGUACCCUGACAGCGCGGGGCAGAAACUACGAGAGGAUGUGAGGAGCAGAUAUUGCGGAACAGGCGAUGAAGGGAAGAAAGGGGAUACAGAAGGAUUCAGCACAGUUCUCAAGAAGAUGGACUUAGAUGGGUGGGUGGAAUAUUGUGACGGGACGGUAGAAGUGACGGAGGUGAGCGGGUCGGGGGGGAAGGAGUGA